AGCGAAGCAUUAACCCAGCCCUCCUCUACCCCUCCCUCCCCUCCACGCCGCCCACCAUGCAGUGGUGUGCGCGCCCCGUCGUUGGAGUGGUUGCUGGUCUUGGUCUGAGCCGCUACUGCUGGUGGAUCGAGGAUGGGUUAGUCGUCAUGUGCGUGUGGCUCCGGGCAUCAGUACAGCUUGAUUCGGUCCUGGACUCAGGGCACAGCGUGAGUCUAACCAGCUCGCAGAAUUUGGCCAUCUCCAUGUCGACCGAGAGGGGAGUCGUCAGUGCACAUUUUUGACGCAUCCAUCCGGGGGAAAGUCACCGUUUUGGCCCCAUGGAGGACAGACUUUGCCGGUACUGAGGCGGAAUAUCCCGGGCGGAGGGAGAACGGAAAGCGAGGCAUCCCUUUUUGCCAGGAUACCUUUUCAUUUUUGUCCAUUUGAUUUUUCAAGAUGGAUUGAGAAAAGAUCGGAUCUUUUUGCAUUCUUAAUUAGGAGACAGCCGCUGAGCCCCAUCCGAGACACCGGGGAGGGGGUGUCGUUGGACGGCGAGGGCCCACUGCUGCUUCCCGUGGAACGGAGGAGGACACCGGAGGAGUAAGACAGGGAGGGAGGGGUACCCCGGGUAGUCUACAUCGGGAGCCAGGGGCUGUGCGGCGGCUCCAUGAGGAGGGAGAGCCCUGCAGAGCCCAGCCGGAGUAGAGAGAGAGAGAGGACCAGUGGUGGGCCAGUUUGGAAGUUUGGAUGCAUAUGAUCACAACCACCAUGAUUUUUAUGAUUCUGGGUGCUUCAGUUGUAAUGGCGAUCGCCUGUUUAAUGGACAUGAACGCACUACUAGAUCGCUUUCACAACUACAUCCUGCCACAUCUACGAGGGGAGGACCGCGUCUGUCACUGCAACUGUGGAAGGCAUCAUGUCCACUAUGUCAUUCCGUACGAUGGGGACCAUUCCCUGGUGGACUCCUCAGAGAACUACUUUGUCAGUGACAGUGUGACCAAGCAGGAGAUGGACUUGAUGCUGGGCCUUCUGCUGGGCUUCUGCAUCAGCUGGCUCUUGCUGUGGCUGGACGGCAUCCUGCACUGCGCCGUCAGGGCCUGGAGGUCGAGCCGCUACUACGAUACGCCAUCCUGGUCAUGGCUGCCACAGUUCUGCAACCUUCGAGAGUUGCGUCGCAGGGCCCAGCUCCGACAGUUAGACGACUCAAGUGGCAACAUGGUGCAUAUCAAGCAGAAGCUCUACCACAAUGGCCACCCAAGCCCCCGUCAUCUCUGACUCAACAGCAGAAUCACAACCAACCAACCUGAGCGUGUCCGGCUGGAAUCCUUCUUUCAUCCGCCCCCAAAUUUCACGGCACGUGGCCUCACAGGAAUCCCCACGCACCCUGCAUAACGUUACCCUCUGAAGAGCCCCAAGAGAAUUUUCCGCAGUCCGAAGCAGGCCCCCCAUCACCAUCAGAGAAAUGAAAUUCCCAAAUGAAGCAAGUUGGGUCCAACAUUUUGGGAGCAGGGACAAAAACAAAACAAAAAAAAACAUUUUUAAGGGUGUUUUUUUCUGUAUAGAGACCUUUUCUGUGUUGAUUGUUUAACUUGGCAUGCUCUUUUAGAACAGGGUACGAUGUGGGCAGUGUUUCCGUUUUUUAUUUUGGGUGGGAGAGUUGUUGCUUUGGGGUGGGUGGGUGAAUGCAACUCCUGGGUGGGUGGGUUUUUGUGAUGUUAGAUUGCUGCUUGUGUACAUAGAUAUAAAUAUGGACUGGGGGGUUAAAAACAAAACAAAAAAAAGAGGAAGUGGGUUUGAUAACUUGUUUAUCGAUAAGGAUUGGCUUGUUGGUCCAAAUUAUAGCAGCAGAACAGGAAGAUGAGUCUGUUUUAAAACUGGAUGUGACACCAUGUUAAAUUCUGCCAAAAAAACAAAAACAAAAGAAACACAGAUGAAUUAGCUUUAUCGUGAAUUACCUGAAUGUAGUAUUUUUUUCCGUGUAAAUAUGUGAGGGAGAGGGAACGAAAAGGGUUGUGGUUUGGGUUCUCUUUGCUACAUACAAUUAUCAUUUCUGAGAAUACACAGGAGGAGAACAUGUGUGCUUCCUGUUUUCAUGUACGUAGAUCCCUUUUCAUUUUUCUCACUUUUGUGUUGCCCGGCCAGUGGCCUCCUAGAAUUCACAGAGCUCAAGCAUAACUACCCAAUGAAAAAGAUAACACAAACUAAGGAAAUUACUCCAAACACAGCACAAUACGGAUUAUAGACCCUGUAAAGUGAAUUCAGAUAUGUUUCUCAAUACAUUCUACAAGUUUAAAGACACAGCUGAAAACGUGCUAAGACUGACAAUUAGCUAACACUCAUUUGUGUAUAGCGUGAAACUGUUUUUCACCUUUUAGGUUUUCCUGAUUUUUGGCGGGGCAUGAGUACAAUGUAGCCUAGUCACACAAUUUGGCAUCAGGCAUGAGUCUCUUCUCACCACUGAGAACGUCAAUGCCUUCACUCACAUCAGUGGCAAUUGCAUUACUGAGUUAUUAUUAGUUGGCUAAAGAUUAGCUUAUGAGCUAGCUGGUAGCUAGCGGCCUCUCAUCGUGGUGUGGAAAGCUCUGUGACGACCCACCUGGGGACUAUUCAUAUAUUUUUGCGGCUCACACAUGUAGAUAUGUGCCAGCAUAAGCACAGUGUGAUUUCACGCAUUCUGCAUACAUGGCCACAGCGUUGUGGAGACAACAGCGAAGAUGGAGACGACGGUUAACAACAAUCUUCUCUGUCAAGCAUUAAAUCUACUAGACAUAUAUAUUUUUGCCCGG